AUGGCUGCUGGGAAGAUGUGCACCAGGAAGAGCAAGGAGGAAACUGCCGAGUGGAUAGGAUUGUUCCUGAAUGACUUGAAAACGGAGCAGGAGUCACUCGUUUUUGUCAAGAGGAUGAUGGCGUUGGCGGUGUCCUCCAUCACCUACCUCAGAGGGAUCUUUCCAGAAGAUGCCUACAGGUCCAGAUAUCUGGAAGAUUUGUGCAUCAAAGUUUUGCGUGAAGACAGCAACACUCCUGGUGCCAGCAAGGUUGUGAAAUGGAUGAUGGGCUGCUUUGAUGCUUUAGAGAAGCAGUAUCUCCAGGUUGUUUUCAUUGGGGUGUACACCAAUCCAGAUGAACCUAAUUGCAUUAUCGAGUCGUACCAGUUCAAAUAUAAAUACACUGAGAAGGGGCCUGAGAUGAACAUACUCAGGAACAACGAUGUGGAGAUGCAGGUGACACUGGAGGACACCAAAAAAGCCUCAGUACUGCUCAUCAGGAAGCUCUUCCUGCUCAUGCAAAACCUGGAAGCCCUCCCCAACAACGUGUACAUCACCAUGAAACUCUACUAUUAUGAUGACAUCACCCCGGCCGACUACCAGCCCCCAGGCUUCAAAGAGGGCGAAUCUGAUAGCCUGUGGUUCGAAGGCAUGGCCGUGCACUUCAGGGUGGGCGAGGUGCCGACGGCGUUCCACACCUUGCUAGUGCGCGUGUCAGCCGAUCAAAGCCGGCUGGAGAAGCUUCAAGAAGGGAAUCACCUGAGGGACAGCAAGCAGGAUUCUCUGAGUCAUCCUGCAGAGAGCGAGACCAUCGAGGACCCUCUUAAGAAAACAUACGAAGAGGAUCUGCCUUCUGAAGAUGAGUCUGCUGCACAGUUCAAGAAACCUAAAAAACCCAUGGCAAAGAGAAAUGCAGCUACCAAAAAUCUGUCGCGGAAGAAGAGGAUUCAGCCACAACAUCAAAAAAUACAAUAAGCUGUCAGCAAUGAACACACAAACAUAAAAUAAUUCUUCAUUUUAUUGCAAUGUUAACACUGUUUAAUGUUAUGUUACAAUUGGUUACAUGUGAAAAUGCGUUGGACAGUUUCUUUACAUAAUUAAAGUUCUAAUUUACACAACUUUGUACAAAAGGCAUAUUUGAAGUGUACAGUCUAGCCUAUUAAUCAAUAUCUGUUCAAGUAGCUUAAUUUAUUAUUGUAUUUUGCAUGUAUACAAAUAUAUUUAUAUGAUUGUUGAGGAAAUAAAGCUUGACUUGUAAACAUAUUUGUUCUCCGGUAGAAAUAUUAUUCUGCAUACAGUACGGAUUAAAGAGUUUUUUUAGCAAGAAUACAUACGGUCCAAAUCAUAUAAAUCAAUACAUGUAUGCACAACAAGCGGAAAAUUCAUCGUUCAGCCAAUACUGAGGACCUAUUAGUUUAAUCCAUUUGGAGCAGAUGUUAAUUGAAAUGUGCUUUAGAUGUAAAUGUCAAAUUUCCGCUAUAGGGAAUGGGAACCGCGGUGCAUUCUGGGGCUAAGAGAAGCUUUAGGCAGAAACAGACAGUUGGUGUGUACCUGUCUGUAUUUUAAAAAUAUCAAAAAUGUAGAGGCCCGUGUCAAGUUCACAAACGGGGGGAUACUGGACCUUCAAACCUACAGGUUCAAUGACAACUAUAGAGUCACACAGACAGGGGUUAGAUAGCUAAUGUUAUGCUAACGAAAUGUCGAAUUAUUAUGCAUAAUUUAUCUGCCAGUACACGUAUGUGCGUAUACUGCGAUAUUUCAUGUUGUAAAUCAUAUUCCCGGUUUGUGUUGCUGUAGUUCAGCAAUUAUCAUCACUUGCAGUAUACAGUCAGCUACUUUAAAGUUUAAUUUUAAAGGGACUUGCUGUUCCUGAUGUCACUUUCCCAUUCCCUAUUCCCUAUUUGUAGUUAAUUUUCCCUCAGUUUAACAUUAAAAUGACAUU